AGGUAAAGCGAACCCUUGGCCUUUCUCCAGCCUCAGAUAUCUCACUUUAACAGGAGCAAACAGCCCCUUUCAGACAAGGAGAUAGAAGGAGACUUCAAAAGAAGAAGUGAAAGGGACUGGAAGACGGAGAUCCAGAGACAGAGCGGGCAAAAAAGUGGAGUUGCGUGAAGAGUUUUAAAAAAAUAUUGCAAGAAUGAACACACACACUACGAGUAACAUCAACCGGUGAUGCACGAGUGUCAGCAAGCCACUGGCAUGCCGAUUACAGACAUCGCAAAAAAGUGGAAGAGGAAGAAAAUCACGUUCCGCAUUUGGCUCUCUGUGUUCAAGAUCUCUGCAGCUAAAACUCCCCUCUGCCCUGGAAGCCUGACUAACCACAAGGUGGUUGACGUGAAAAGAGGAAGAGAGAGAGAGAGAGAGAGAGGGAGAGAAAGUCUGAGAGAAAAGAAGAAAAACAGCCCUGUGUUUUUUUCCGCCCUAUGUACCUGCACGUGUAAGUUUGCAAGCACGACAUCUCAACCAGUACCAGCAGAGCAGAGGGCAUGAGAGGACAGAGCUGAGGGCAAAGAGAAGCCUGCAGAGGUGGAGAAUAGAAGAAAGGUGUCGCUUCUCUCCUUUGCCACCUCUCCCAGAGGCCAGAGCGCGGCAGUGUCAACAGAUGAGAUUCUCCAAGAUUCACAAACGCCCAUCUGCACCCACUGCCUGAGCACCACUAGGACUUGACCACCAAUCCCCCACAACACUAGGCCUACUUCACAGAAAUAUAAGGGACGUAAAAACAAAGAAGAUCCAAAAAUAUCCAACCUGAUCCCUGAUUAUUCUUCAGCAUGGAAAUGCCGAUGUUGCUUUACAUUAUGGUUCUUCUCUCCUCUUGUCCUUGGCAACUUCAUGCACAGGAGAAUUCCACAGACCCAGACAUGCCCUCUGAUAUGUUUACAAUGACAACAGAUGCUUCUGUUGAUACAGAAGUUGCUCAUUCAACAGGUAGUGUUCCCAAAGAAAUGUUCUCCACUGAGCUCCAAACAAACACAGCUCCAGUUGCCACAGACAUAGAUUCAGGUCCGGUGACCAUACCCCCUGAGGGUACUUCUGAAGCCAAUUUGGUCCCCCAGACUAGUUUUGCACACAAGCCCCUCUCCACAAGCCUUUAUACAACAGGUGACUUUACAUACCAGGUGACUGCUUCUGAAUCAGAGACCACCGCCACAGAAGAUCCGACCACACAUGCUCUUCCUCAGACCACACCUGAAACCACAAGGAUCCCUCGAGAAACCACACAGAUCUUUCCCAGUGCAACCCAAACCCCUCAAACCACAAUGGAUCAAACCACUAUUUCAAGCCCCAUUGCCCCUCCAACAACAAACCAAAUAAUUCCCCUGCCACCUCCAACCACUUCUGCAAUGGAUCCGUCCACUUCAUCUUCAACUUCCCCUCAGGCUACCACUGCAGGCACUCUUGCAGAAACCACCAGCGUAACCCCACCAAUGGCACUACACCCAACCUUAGUCCCAUCCAUCCCCAUCUCUGCAACACCUUACCAUGAAACUAGCUCCACCACCAAAGGAACCACUGAUAGUUCUAGUGCUUCAGGAAUACCCGUUGUUCUUGAUCCAUCCUGGGUUGGAGGUCCCUCCUCUACGGAUGAUGCAGGGAGCCAACCCAAGAGGUCCCUGUGGCUGUGGGUCAUCAUCACCGCCCUGGUGGCUGCACUGGCCAGUAUCAUCUGCAUUGCCCUGCUAGUCAAGCGCAGGAAACAGAAGACAGACCACAACUUUGGCCGCACCUCCAUGAUGGGACGAAGCCAGAGAUCCAAAAAGAAGAAGGGUGAGGAGGAUGCGUGGGCCGGGCCUGUGAUGAUAGGUGGAGUGGAGAAGGAGGAGUGGGACGCCAAAGAGGACGAUGGGAAUGUGGUGGAAAAUGGCGGAGCGGAGGAGGAGACACAGGUGUUGCUCAGCACGUUUACGCCCAGCGAGGAGGAGAAGGCUGUCGGAGCAGUAGGCACGAAGGAGGCCAAAAAAUGGGAGGAGCAAUCGCCACUGCUCUACAUCGAUGAGGACGUGGAGGUGGAGACCCCACCCAAAGAGCAGCCAAUGGCCCCCUCUCAGGAUGGGCAAAGCGCAGGGAAGACGGAGGCGGAAGGGACAGAGGAACAGAAGAAAGGGGAAGUGAUGGGAGAGACGGGAGGGGUGCUGAACGGAGCUGUAGCUUUCUGCCAAACCACAGCGGUGUGAAACCGUACCCAGAACUGUUCCCACGUAAUUUAACUCUUGUCAGUCUAUUGGGAAAACGAGGACUAAACUAAACUGAGAAGAAAUUAUAUCUGUGGUCAAGCAAUUGCACAUGGCUAGCUCUAAGGAAUCCUGUCUUAACUGUGAAUCAAAUGAUGUUGAUUUGACCUGUAUUGAACACAUCAGGUAUAACAUACAGUAGAACAACACCUUCCUCACUGUAAUUCCAAAGCUUUCAGAAUAUUACUACAGUCAGAAUAAUGCCCUGACCUGAGCCAACUAGCCACAGUUUAUAAAAACAGUGCCUAUGUAUUUCUGUCUACUAUGUAUAGCUACAUGGAAGUUCCUCUUUUUUUGUGUAUAUAAAUUAAUUCAACUUUGAUACUGCUGUAAUAAACUGAAGCUUAAAGUGU